UGUCGUUGGAAAUUACAUGUUUGUUUUGUUCGGUGGAAAUAACGCUGUAUUUGGCACGGAUCUCAAUGUUGCUCUUGACAUGACUACCUGGAAAUGGACCACUGCUCCUGUGUUCGGAACUCCUCCUGUUUCCUCAUCUGCACCUUCGAGCCCUUCUUCAACCCCAUCAGGCUCUAUACCAAAGGCAACCGCUACUGCAGCGCCUAAAAACGAUGAUGAUAAGUCCUCUGGACUUUCUGGGGGCGCUAUUGCGGGUAUUGUUAUUGGAGCUCUUGCAGGCGUUGCAAUCAUUGGUGCACUCCUCUUCUUCUUUGUUUUUAAGAAACGCGAUAAGUAUGCGAACGCAAAUAAUCAUACAGACAAUUUCAGCAAGGGAGAAGCUGUCUCAAAUAAGCUGAAUGAUGAAAUUCUCUCCCAGCCAAGAGAGGGACAUAAAGACAUCUCUCCAGAAAAAGGAAUAAAGCCUGAUCAGUCACUUCCUGGACCUGCAUUACCACCAGGCCGUAUAAUGCUUGAGCCAGUUAAGCCAGACGGCGGCUUUUGAUUCCAUUCCAGUUCACAUACACCUUAGCCGAUAAUAUCUAAUAUAUCUUUAUAUAAACAGCAUACACCUGUUAUGCAUAAUCAAAACUUUUACCUCUAGGCCUUGUGUAAUAUCCAAACAAGGUUUAUUUUAAUGCCUUUCUAAAUCAUUCAAAUUAGCCAAGAUCAUAAUAAUAAAUAAUAAUAUAAUAAUUAUCUAGAAUUGAUAAGAAAUAGACAACAU